CUACGACUCCCACAGCGCGUGGCGGAAACACUGGAGCGCUCCGAAAAUGGCCAUGACGAAGGUACUUGGCUUAGGCUGAUCGGCCGAUGUCCAUUGGCCCAUUGCCAUGUGCGCCUGGACAGGCCCAGGCCGGGAGGUCUCCUCGAAAGCCUUCAUGGACGAACUCUGUAGCGACGUGGGCGGCUACCGCGCGUUCCUGCGGCGGCUGGCGUUGCAGUACUUUGGAUGGUGGGUGGCCAUUGCAGGGGUCCCUGCCGUCUUCUUAGACCACCACAGGUGUGAGUCCAGUAUGCCCUACCUGGCCUGGUGCUUGUACGGCGGCACGGUGCUGGCGAUGCUGGUGAUGGCGGUGCUCAUGGAGUUGACCAUUGUCCAACGACUUGGGCUCUUGAAGGCUGGCGAGCUCCAUGUGCUUCAGGAACGACGCUGGCGGAGACCUUUGGCUUCCACAGUGCUGUGGAAGCUCGACUCCUACACCGAUAUGGCCUUUGUCUUCAUUGCGCGCGACUGUGGGUCGUCAUUGUGGUGGGCGUCUUUAGCAUCCAUCAUCUUUUGCACGGUCUUCUGUCAGAUGCUCUUCAACACCUGCUUCGCGUGCUCCGACUGCGACGGCGAGUUGCCCGAGUCCUUUGGCUUCGUCCUACUGGACUUCAAGCUGGUGAACACCGCGGUGCGCUCGGUGCUGCCCUUCGAUCCGGAUGCCUCGGACCUCCCCGUGGCCAAGCCUGUGACUUUGAAGUCCUCCGCCAACCUGGUAGGCUUGGAGAAGGUCGUGGGCGAUGUGGCACAGGUGUGCAUUCAGUCCCUCUUUCUGAUGAGCGCCUCAGCCCCGCACGGCUUUGUGAUCUUCAGCGUCAUUGUCGGAGCACUCAACGGCUGCCUCUCCAUUGCUCUCAUUGCACAGGAUGCAUUGCAAGAGGAGUCUGCAGUUCAGGCGCGAUGCGCGCGGAGCUGGGAAGUGGACCGCGAGUUGGAGCAGGGCACCGUGCUGGCGGCGUUGGCAGGCGAGGUGAAGCUCGUGGAGGAAGGCACCAGCAGCGAGAUGCCGCCCGUUCUGCGAGACCCAGGUGACCGGAAGCGCGCACCCCUCGCUCCGGUGAGCCCACCAGGUGGACCUUCCCCAGAAAGGCUUGGCCGCAGCAUGAACGACGACAUGGCCAUGUUGUGAGUCGUGAGGAGAAAAAAUAACAAUGCUGCGCAAACGUCGAUCCAGACUCGCAGAGUCACUCCCA